GCCAUCUUGUGGCCCCAGGUGGUACCGCUCCGGUUGGCCAGGACCGCAGCCUGGUUUCGUGGCGAAGACCCAGGUUUAAAUACUCGAAUUGUAGCCGACAUUCUUUCUCUUUGAAACCGUCCGCUCCAUAUCCAAGUUGUGUCAGAGACGCUCUGGUGUGUGCCACAAUCUUCACUCUAGUUCACACUCAAAGUCAGUUUAUUUCAAGCUAUGUUUCAUACAGUUAUACAACUUGAGUGUCCUAUUAUGAUAGCCUUAAGAACGGAACACGUUCUAGUUUAGAGAAGCGCUUCUCGUAUUUAAAAAUGUGAAAUUUAUUAAAUUUGAAAUUAUUUUCAAAUUAUCGUAAUUUAAAAAAAAAAAAAUUAAAUAGAAAGUCUAAAAUGUCAGUUAAGAAAUUAAUAUAAGAUUUUUUUAAAAACUUCGUACACUGUGUUGUUUGGUUUCUAUGUUGCUAUGAAACCUUCUGAUCUUAUUAUCAGAAAGUUGAUGUCUAAGAUGUUGAGCAUGGUCAGAUAUUGUGUCAUAAAUAGUUAUUUCAAAUGUUCUCUCAUAUUUCCACCAUUUCAGCAAACACCAUGUUCUCAUACAAUGUUUCCACCAUUUCAGAAAACGCCAUGUUCAUCCUUCUCAUCACGGCCCUGGCAACGCUCCUGGCUUUCGGCAGCUGCAACAAAAACUACACCAUAACAUCCGAAGUGGUGUUCGACAUUGAGGUCAAGAACUACAACGGAAAUGGUGAUGAUAUUAGCGGCAAAGUCGUGGUCGGGCUGUUCGGGGAAACGGCCCCAGUCGCGUCCUUGAACUUCAAGACGCUGUGCGAAGGCUACAAGAGACCCAAUGUGAGUAUUCAGUUUUUAAAUACACUUCUGUGGAUUGCGAUUGGUCAACAUCAUUCAUGUGAUAUUACUAUUGGUCAACAUGAAUCACGCGAUAUUGCUAUAGGUCAACAUGAAUCACGUGAUAUUGCUAUUGGUCAACAUGAAUCACGUGAUAUUGCUAUAGGUCAACAUGAAUCACGUGAUGUCUAAAUGUUCUGUUGUUUAACUGAUAAGUUAUUCAAUGGUUCUCAAGUUAUAAUUCACGAGCUAAACUAAAAGUUAGUCUUUACAAGCGAUGCAAAGCUUAAACAAAUAAUACAUGGCAAAAUCAAUUUAUCUUUUGUCUUUAAAACUAAAGAUCUACAUACUUGAUGGUGAGGUAAAGAAUGUUAUCAACUUUUGCAAGCACUUGACUCAGAUAAGACUCACGGCCUUUCAGAUGCAGUCUUAAUUAGGUAUCAUGAAAUAGGACUUUUGUGACAUAGGGAUUUAGUUCAGCUGAAUAGUCGACUCGUCACGCCAAUAGGGGAACCGUGUCAAAAUUAUUGAUUGAACCAUGUCAAAAUUAUUGAGUGAACCAUGUAAAAAUAAUUGAUAGAACCAUGUCAAAAUAAUUUAUAGAGCCAUGUCAAAAUAAUUGAUUGAAGCUAUUUAAAAUGCUCUAUGAAAAAGAUCCAGUAUAAGAAUGCAAAGCUCUUUUCCAGCAGGCCAAGAUGAGCUACAGGAACACUUACUAUCACCAUAUUCUUUCUUUUCCAGCAAGCCAAGAUCAGCUACAGAAACACUUACUGUCACCGUGUUGUCAAAGACAUGUUGAUCCAGUGUGGUGAUGUCUUCGGUCUGGACGGUAGAGGAAGUAAGCAACUCUUGUCUAAUAAGUCGUCAAUGUUAAAAUGUUGUCAAUGGUAAUACGUCAUCAUUUAUAAUUUGUCUUUAACUUUAAUAUGGUCUGUGUUAUUUUAGACACAUUCUUUUUGAAACCACACUAAAGUACGAAAGGUGAACGAGUGAGACUUUCUGUCAGUGAGACAUGCUGUCAAUGAGGCUUUUUGUCAGCGAGACAUGCUGUCAAUGAGGCUUUCUGUCAUGAGACAUUCUGUCAAUGAGACUUUCUGUCAUGAGACAUUGUGUCAAUGAUUCAUUCUGUUAAUGAGACGUCCUGUCAAUGAGACUAUCUUUCAAUGAGAGAUCCUGUCAUUGAAGCAUUCUUUUAAUGAGAAAUUCUGUCAAUGAGACCUUCUGUCAAUAAUACAUUCUGUCUUGGAGACGUUCUGUCAAUGAGAUUUUAUGUCAUUAGACAUCCUGUCAUUGAGGAAUUCUGUCAAUGAAAGUGCUGUCCAUGAGACAUUAUGUCCAUUAUCCUGUCAACGAGACGUCAUAUCAAUGUGACGUACUGUCUAUAGUUCAAUCAUCUGAUAGAUGUUGCUAAAAUGAACAGUGAGCUAAAUAAUAGAUGCUCUAAAAAUUUAAUAUUGAAAGAAGAAUUUGUUGCACUCUCGGACCAUACUUCUCAGCUAAGUGCUAUAUUUAUAUAUAUAACUUAUUCAGUUGUUUCUGUUGUUUUUUCGCAGACGAAGGCUUCCUGCCGACAUGUUCGUUGCAGUCUCUCACCUUAUAUUGUUCAAUAUUGUAGUCUACCCUAUCUCCGCCCAUGGUUUGACUCAUUUUCAAUACCUUAUCUACCCUAUCUCCGCCCAUGGUUUGACUCAUUUUCAAUACCUUAUCUACCCUAUCUCCGCCCAUGGUUUGACCCAAGUUCAAUACCUUAUCUGCCCUAUCUCCGCCCAUGGUUUGACCCAGGUUCAAUACCUUAUCUGCCCUAUCUCCGCCCAUGGUUUGACCCAUGUUUCACACAAUGCAUCAUCUCGUCGACCAGGUACCAGCAUCUACGGUGAGUAUUUCAAUGAUGAGAACUUCGUCAUCAGCCACACCAGCGGCGGCCUAGUCUCCAUGGCAAACAAGGGCAGAGACACCAAUGGUUCUCAAUUCUUCUUCACGCUGGGGUCAUCAAGAUUCUUCGACAAGAAACACGUCGCUUUCGGCAAAGUCGUCAAGGGAUUCGUAAGUAUUAGU